AUGGCCCUAGACCUCUGCCUUCUCCCCCAGGCCCUCGUCCACCACCAAACCCGCCCGGACCGGCCCCUCCUCCGAGCCCUCCUCACUCAUACUCGGCCGACAAUCUUACAUGAGGGAUCAACCCGACAUUUCAACCUUGCCUACCAGCACCCAUCAUCUGACUGCAUGCCGGGUGCCCGCAUACAGCACCAAGCGGGGGCACGGGGACUGUUUCUUUAUCUUGAAUUCGUUUGA